UCGGGUGGCGUCGACGUUGAACGGGCAUUUUUGCUGCUCUACCAGAGACACCACCUCCCCCUCCCCAUCGACGGCUCAUGAUCACGCCCGCCCUCCAGCCAUGACCUUCCCGGAACCUGCCCAUGCCCCAUCGUCGCCCGGCAACUCCCAUAAAUCCCACGCGACCUCCUCCUCCGCCGACUUUGGCGCCUUCACUUCAGCUGCCCCAGCCACCCCUCACUCAGUCCAUCAUCUGGGGGAGGCGGAUCUGCUGGGAUCGUACGAGGACGAUCAGCACGUCGCAAAACCUCAGCGAGGGCAGCCACCUCCAUCGCCGGGAGCCUGGCCGUCGGCGUUCGACCCGCUCGCGACUGGGAGUACAGAGAUCCCUCCAGACCCUCCACAUCUGCCAACAAACCCAAUAGAUCGCCACUCUGUCUCACCGCCUGCCACCUAUAUCUCCCUCCCCCCACGGCCCACAGAGAUCUCUCCGAACUACGUACCUCACGCCCGCACUAGACGGCUAUCUAGUUUUGCCGUUGCGACAAGUCCCACAUCACCUCCUAUCUUCACCGAUACCGGUGACGAAACCGUGUUCCAUCCUGCCCACCAGUCUUCGGGUAAUACGGCGCUUGGCUCCAUACAAAAGGUGCAACGGAAGAGCUCAACUUCACCUACCAGCUCCCGGGUGCGCAAAGAGCCAUCUUAUGAUCUUACCAACAAUCAUGCAGGUCAAACUUCCCACUCCACGCUCUUCAAUACUUUGGCAACAACAACAAAGCUUGCCUCAAGGUGGAAGUCUGCGCUUGCUCCGCAAGUUCACUCUCCAACCUCCGAUAUGUCUGGGUAUCAUCCCAGAGGCCACCAUGAGGUGCCUACACAUCAAACAUCUCCACCACCACUUCCAGUACCAAUAGACAUCACUCACAAGACCCCAUUCGCCUCAGCUGAACAGUUAGCUCACAGCUAUGUGGCACCAACAGGUGCCCCGGGGUUCAUUGGUCAGCACAAUUCUUCUGUGCAAGAUAUCAAGCCAAGAGAAUAUCGUGGCCGUGUGGUUUUGAAAGGGCGACGUGAUAGCACUGAUGAGGUUCUAUCUGUGCCAAUGGCCGAUAGCCUUCAGCAUCAUCUUCCACCACGGCAAAGGUUGAUAAAUGAGUGGUCACUUUUAUUUUCAAUGGAGCAACAUGGCGCCUCCCUAUCUACACUGUAUGGGCUGGUGGAAAAGAAUACCCAAAAACAUCCCAAUAUGGCCAACAUCCUCAUUGUGCAAGGUGAAGAUAAUGUGUUUGGUGUUUAUAUGAAUGAGCCUAUAGUAAGACAUGAGGGAUCCUAUUUUGGGAGUGGAGAGUCAUUUCUCUUCAAAGUGGAUGGCAACAGACAUGUGUCACCUUACAAAUGGACUGGUAAAAAUCAGUAUUUUGCACUAUGUGAAUCAAACUUCAUCUCAUUCGGUGGCGGUGCUGGGUGCUAUGGCCUCAUAUUAGACUCCACCUUCCUACACAACUCCUCUGCUACCUGUCCUGCAUAUGACAAUGACAUUCUCUGUCAGCUACAACAGUCCAAGACAAGUUCAGCAGUGCCUUUCCAGUGCUUUGGUCUGGAAGUGUGGAGUAUAGGAUGACAUAUGCCUCAUUGAUGACAUGCCACAUUUUGUUGUUCAUGCUUGAUUUAUCUCUUAAGAUCAAUUCUCAUCAUUAUUGCACAACCUUGCUGCUGUACUAUUGCUACUGGCAUUCAUUCCUUGAUAUCUCUACAGCACAGAAACAACACAAACAUUCAAUUACAUCACCU